CUGUCCUGACCCUACCAGACAUCAUGUUCCGGGAUAGUAGCCACGGAAGGAUAAGUGAUCUUCACCAUUGCACCACGAAAGAACUUCAAGUUGGCUCGCUCGGUUUGAUCUUCGUCUGAACAGUCCAUUCACCCCCUUCACCAUGCCGGAACCAUGGGAUGAUCAGAUCGCGCACUUCCGAGGGAUACCAUGGUGCGCCAAAGUCCUCUCGGAACCAAGCAUCAUCGCCAGACCCCUCGUCAGCCGCGAAUUCGACCCAGAUAAUCGCAUCUUUGAGUUCUGGGGCUCCACGCUCUUCAGCGCGGCCACGGUGCCCUUUUUCAUCGGCUGUUUCCACAUGCCCUCGUCACCACCGGGCGCCGUUGGACAACCUCCCGACAACCGGCCCCUCGACGAACUGUACAUGACCAAGGUCCGCUGCUUCCUGACUCUCGGCCACGGGCUGAGCACGCUCAAGAAGGAGUGGUGCCACGGUGGUGCUGUCGCGGCCAUCUUUGACGAGUGCAUGGGCGCGAUCGGGUUCAUCAAUAAGCUGCUGGGGUUCAUGCCGAUGCUGCCACAGGUCACGCAGAACUUGAAUAUCACGUACAUUCAGCCAGUGCCAACCAUGUCGACGGUGGCUUGCACGGCGGUCUUGAAGCGGAUGGACGGGCCUAGGAAGUUCUUGGUCGAGGCAGAGAUCACUGACGAGCAUGGUACGGUUCUUGCCAAGGCGGAAGCGUACUUUGUUGGGAUGGCGAAGCGGGGGAAGAUACAGGAGAAGCUGUGA